CACCACGGCACGCAGCAGCGACUACUUGGAACACACAUGGCGGGUGUAGGGCUUGUCAGGCUCGGGAAGGAGCUCAAGAUGCUAACGGACGAGCCACCUCCGGGGGUCUGUGCCUGGCCAGUCGAUGACUGCAUCACCCACCUCCAAGCUCAAAUCCAGGGACCAGAGGACACGCCGUACGAGCGUGGAACGUUCUUGCUGGAGCUAAAGAUCCCUGACAGGUAUCCUUUCGAACCCCCCAAGGUGCGCUUCGUGACGCCCAUCUACCACCCCAACAUCGACAGCGGAGGCCGCAUCUGCCUCGACACCCUCAAGAUGCGACCAGCGGGCUCUUGGGCCCCUUCGAUGAACGUGCCCACCCUGCUGACAACCAUUCGCCUUCUCAUGGCCCACCCGAACGGCGACGACGGCUUGAUGCCAGACAUUACGGAGCUCUUCUUGAAGAACCCGUCGCGGUUCGCGGACGUUGCGCGAGCCCACGUGGAGGAGCACGCUCGACAGGACAAGCCCAGCCCAGCGAGCAGCAAGGCAGCACCACCGACGCAGAGACAGACAGCCGAGGACACGGCCGCCGCCCCGAGAGACGGCGGGGGAAAGGCCGGCAAGACAUCGGUUCCUUCGAUCGCCACCACAAGUAGGGAUUAUGGCCGUCCCUCUGCGGUUGGCGACAAGCUGGGAAGUUUAUCUCCAGAUAAGAAUAGCCGAAGUAAAGAAAACUCGGUAGCACCAGCGGCAGCGGCGGCGGGAAACGACGAGGUCGGCAAGGUUACUAGUGGUGGCGUGCGGUCACCGCCGUCUCCCACGGGGGGGGAUGGGAAUGGGACCGCCGAGGCGUCGUCCGCUGCUGACGGCGACGGGAGUGAUGACUCCGACGCGGGGAAAGGAAAAGGUCCUGCGGCGGCUGCGCAGAAGCCCCCAGAUGAUGCCGACGACUGCAGCAGCAACACCCGGAAGGAUAGCAGUGUAGAAAACGGUGGAAGGGCCGAACACGACGGUGACGGCGCGAGUUCGGACGAUGGCGCGUGGAGCGACAGCGAAGACGAUGACGACGACGAAGACGGUGGUGGGAUGUCGAACAAACGAGCGCGGACGGUGAUGUAGCUGGCGCCGUGCUUGCCGUACAGCUGUAGCUGAAUAGCUGACACGAACAAACGAGCGCGGACGGUGAUGUAGCUGGCGCCGUGCUUGCCGUACAGCUGUAGCUGAAUAGCUGACACCCGGCCGGCAGCUGCUGGCAGCAGUGCAAGUUGUACACAUCGAAGUACCGCAGACCACGGUGGGGCAGCACGCGCUCAGAGGCGAGGGUUUUGAAAACGUAGCGGCGGUGCCGUCGAGAUUGGUCUGUAGACUGUUAUUCUACGCGUCUCGGUGAAAGUACCGCUACCACUGAAUUCAAGUGUAGCGCCAAGCUGGUUGAUGUGGGGUCUUUGGGGUCACGUUCAGUUGCGUCGACGUUUCCGUUCUGGUAUCUAUUCAACUCGUAUUGCGUUCUGAGGUGGGGUAGAUGGAUGGGACGUGGUUGGCAUUUGCUCCUUACCUACUGUUGGGGUUUGCUUGGGUUCCUAUUUUCCUUGGUUUAUUCGAUAAAAGGCGUGUUCCCUUUCGGCGGUACUUUGAUUUGCGACCACGGAAGGCAUCCGCGUCAGUUGGACCAGUACCGCUUUUAGCAUACCACAUAGUAUUGUUUAACCGAGGAGAGACCGGUUUUUAGUGUGAAUGAAAGGCAGCAACAACGGACACGAGAGUUGUUUUGGGCCACCGGCGCCAAAUAAUAGUGUUCUUGGCUACUUCCGCGAUUGUUUUUCGCCGACGUCCUACAGCAGUCACAAGUAUACCUCGGACUCUCUUUGAACGCGGCCGUAUGUACGAGUUUCUUCGUCGCUAUCAGCGCUAAACUAACCCACUCGGCU